AUGAUUGUUGCAUGCGGUGCGGUGGCAAAUCUUACGCAAAUCUUGUCCUCUAUGUUUGUCAUUGAACAUCCUUGCAAUUUAACUGUUUCUACAACAUAUGUGGAUAAUUCCUCUGACAUAUGUGAUUCCGUCGUAAACAGAACAUGGACACUAAAAGAUGAAUGCAAUAAUCAAAUGAAUUUGUCUCAACUGUUGUAUAUUCGUCAAGCAAAGAAACCAAUACAUCCUUUCGAUGGGUACACCGGAACAAAUUUAGACACAGAGCUUCGUUGGCAGGGUUCCUCAAGCGCGGUCAGAUAUGAAGUAUACAUAUGGAAGCGAAAAGCCAGCAAACCAGACAUGCCUUUACAAAUAACAUCCCUGACUCACACUCAUGUCUACUCGCUUGAACCAGACUCCGUCUAUACUUGGUUCGUCAUAUUUAUAUACAAAACCAACGAAACCUACAUCGGCCCAAUUUGGCAGUUUCGAACAAAAUCAUUUCCCGAUCUAGGAGUUUUGGAAAUAAAAGUACCUCCAACAUGUUAUACUGAUAAAUUGUGUUCUGUUGAUUGGAAAGUACAAAACACCGGACCAAUCACGUUAUACUCUUCAUGGUACGACGCGGUAUACGUAUCUUGGGACAGUAAUUUCGAAGAUAGCAAACUUGUUGCGUCUGUGCAUCAAAGGAAUAUCCUCUUUAAGGAUGACAUUUACGAGGCAAAUACCCAGAUUCAGUUAGACGAAUCAACUACCGGAACGAUGUAUAUAUUCAUUUACACAAAUGAUCGCAGGUCUUUUGACGAACAUGCGUGGGAUAAUAACUUAAUGAGAAGUUCUACGUCAAUAAAUGUGGAACUGACUCCUCCCCCGGAUUUGCAAGUGACGGAUAUGUCCACAUCUGAUACCUAUGUGUAUUCAGGCAAACGCAUCUUUUUAUUAUGGACGGUUGAGAAUAGAGGGACAGGGCCAACAAAGGAAGAUUACUGGUUAGACAGGGUCUACUGGAAAAUGAACUCUACGGAAGGAAAUAAUGAGCAUACGCUCGCUGAAAUCUGGCACUCGGGUGUACUUCAGGUCGGCCAAAAAUAUUCGGUCAAUACUUCACUACUAAUACCGGAAUUUACGUUUGGUAGCUUUUGGAUGUUCGUCGAAACUAAUUACGGAAACAGAGUUUUUGAAUAUACAAGAGGCAGCAACAACAUUAAAAUGCUACAGACACCAAUUGAUGUUAAACUAUCACCUACACCCGAUUUAGUGGUUAGUAACAUAUCCGUAUCUAAGCAGUCCUUCACAACAGGAGAGACUAUUUACGUUGAUUGGGCAGUAGCCAACAGAGGACAUACCACACCACAUUCUCAGACCUACUGGGAGGAUAGAUUGGAUCUUAUUUCUAAAGCUUCGUCAGAAUGUAUCUAUUCUAAAGUAUCACCACAUUAUGGACCUCUUAACGAAAAUGGUGAUUAUAUCUUAAGACAGUUUUUCUACGUUUCCCCGAACUUGAGAACAGGUCAAUACACAAUCAGUGCAGAAACAGAUUUUCGAAAUAACGUAUUCGAGUACCCUAGAAACGAUAACAAUAAAAAGUCGUUGGAUAUAACGAUCACAAGAUCAGUUCCUGAUUUAUCAGUAAGGAAAUUUACAACCAGAGUCCACAGAACGAAAACAUCAACUUCAAUUAAUAUAACUUGGGAGGUCACAAAUAUAGGACAUGGUCAAACACUCUCAACAAAAUGGGUUGAUUGUCUUUAUUACAAAUCAUUACACGACUGGAGUUAUUCCCUGUUGUUCCAAAGCGAGAUCAACGUUGACGAUAACCUUGCACAUAGCCAUGUCUACACAAGAUACAUGGCAGAAAAACUGUCUGAAAAUGUCAACGGGCAAAUCAUGUUUGCAGUUGCAGUGGAUUGCGAUGGAAACGUUGGAGAUCAUGAUCGUGACAACAAUGAAGCUACAUCUGCUAUAAUUGACAUACCACUUAUUGCGGCCGAUCUUCAAAUUAGUACGUUAGAGAUAGAGGGUUAUUAUGAAGGUGGUGGAAACAUUCACGUACAGUACACUGUUUCUAAUAACGGUAAUAAGGAUAUUAUAAACACAACUUGGACUGAUAGAAUUAUCAUCGGAAAAAUAGGCAUAUUUGGAUUUUUUCUUCAAAGGUAUGAACAAGUCCUCAUAAAAAACGAUUCCCUUCGCCAAGGCUCGUCUUACUCUAGUGAUAUUAAAAUUUCAAUACCCAUUUACUGGAAAGGUACUUAUGGAAUACGAGUUGAGACCAAUGUUUAUGGUGACAUUUAUGAGGGUGCCUCGACUCUAAACAAUCGCCGAGAAAAACAGAUAAAUAUAGAAGACACUAUAAGUGUCGACCUUGGUGUAACAUCUGUAACAGUUGAUCUGCUUGAUAGAGAUGAAGAUAUACAAAUGAUUGCUGUUAAGUGGUCGGUAGAGAAUUUCGGAAACUCUAUGCAAGGAUCGUCUGAAUGGUAUGACAAGAUAAUAAUCCACAGAGAAGAAGACAGGUACGAGUUUGCCUCGUUUUUGAUCAAAUCAGUUUUGGCAUCGGGAGCGUCGUAUGAACAAAGACGAAUUUUAAAUGUUCCACUAGAUGUACAGGGCUAUAUAACUGUUUGUGUUGAAGUUAACUCAGCCAGAACAGUUUAUGAGGGAGACGACAAAGAAAGCAAUUUAAUGUGUUCAGAUUAUACCAAAAUUGAUGGCUUAACAAAUGCCAGGUUGAAUGUGUCAAAUGUCAGUGUAAUACCAUCAAACAAUUACGAAGAUAAGAUAACUCUUUCGUAUAAAGUAACAAAUACAGGGCAAAUGACAACCAAACUAACGUCUUGGUCUGAUGCAGUAUUUGUUACGAUGCAGCAGGCAAAGCCGAGUAAUGUAAUGCAGACCGGAAAAAAGAUAAAAGAAAUUAUUCAUGUUGGAAAGUUACAAGGCAACGAAUCAUAUUCAUCUUCAGAAGAAUGUAGAAUUCCAAGAGAAUUCGCUGGAUCUCCAUUCUUUUAUAUAUUUCCUAACUAUACGUUCUUUAGUCAAGAAAAUGCCAAUGAACCAUUACAUGGGCAAUCUAUUGAAUUUACAUUAGGCAACGGAAUAUAUUUGAUGGGAGAACUUUCAAACCUCAAAAUAAAUGGAAUUGGUAAUGUAGGUGAAGCUUCUAGUGGACAGCCACUUUCAAUUGCCUACAACAUAAGUAACACCGGGAAUGUGUCAGUGCUUCUACCGUGGUUCGAUAGUGCAUACCUAAGUGACGACUCCCUUUUAGAUUCAUUUGAUACAAAACUUCGUUCAGUAAAACGAUAUGGUGUUCUUCAACCCAACACAGAAGAAUCUUUCAAUAUCACAUUCAUGCUUCCAUUCGAUCUGGAAACAAAGAGCUAUGUGUUAGGCAUAGUUCUAGAUUCAAGAGAUGACAUUAUCGAAACAAACGAAACCGACAAUACUCUGUUAAUACCAUUUCACCUGACUGGACUUCAAACUGCUGACAUAUAUGUAAGUAAUAUCUCUGUUCCUGAGAAGGUAAACUACGGAUCUGAAAUGGUUGUUUCCUGGUACAUAGGCAACAACGGAACGGAGUCAUGUACUGGUUACAAAUGUGACUCUGUUUUCUUCUCCGAUAAUCAGUUGAUGAGUAUUGACGAUGUACAAUUUGGAAAUGCAAGUUGUUCAAGGUUUUCUUUAGGACCAAACCAAACAGAAGAAAGGAAAUACUCAGUAAAAGCGAUCCCAUCGUCUUUGCCAGCAGAUGAAAUCUUUUCAAUUGUUAGAUCAAGGUCAAACGUAGUGGACAUCAAUCAACAUAACAAUAUUCUCGUCUCAAAUUUCACCACAGAAAUGCAAUAUGAAAGUAUUGCCGUUGGAAAAAGAAUGAACAUGACAUUAAAACCUUACUCGUCUAUUACACUGAGAAUUGGUAAUUUAACAAAAGAUGAAACUUUAAUUUUCAGUAUGCAAACUGGUGAUUCAAACAACAUUGAUAUUUUUCUUAAAGUUGCAAAUCCUCCGACGUUAUUUAGCUUUGAUCAAAUGUCAAGAAGUUCUAACAGCAAAUAUCAAAACCUUUUAUAUUCCGACAUAUAUACGUCUGAUGUGUAUGUUCUUUUACGAAAUGUAGGUACUUUUAACGAAACUAUUGAUUUUGCUACGAAAUAUGCAACAUUUGAAAUAUUAGCCGUGUCGCCGAGUGUAAUUAUACCAAAAACUACCACAACAUUUUUAAUUACUGGCGCUCUUAUGCCCUUCGAUUUGAAGGCCUUUUUGAUAAGCAACGACGGUAACAUAAUUGCAGCAGACAAAACCUAUAUGUUUUCGUCGACGGAGGCUUACGCGACAUUCAAUAGUUCAGCCCUAACAGGGAGUUCAACAUUUGUACUUUUUGUCAAGUCAAGUUCCUUGGAUAAAACAAUUGAAUUCGAUGCAAACCUAACCAUGCAAUCCAUGGCAGUUGGCUAUUUAGGAUUUGAACUUGAUAUGGACUCAAGAUUAAGAAGAGGUACGAACGGACAUCUUUCACUGAAGUAUCAAAACUUGGGUGAUUCGGAUCUUAUUGUACCAGUUAUCAAAGUUGAAACCACUGGUAAAGGGAAUAUGCGCAUCAAAAGCGACAUAAAGUAUGAAUCAUACAAAAAAGAGUUUUUCUUGUUUUGUUCAAGUCAGCAUGGACCGGCUGGAAUUCUUAGACCCAAGCAGUCUGGGUCGAUAGUGUUUGAAACAACCCAAGAUGAUUCCGAUAAUCUAGGCAGAAUGAAUAUCAAAAUAUUUCAAAUUAAACCUGAUGUCAACAUUCGAAAUCCGUUUUUAGAUAUGAAAAACAGCCUGAAACCAUCACGAUACGACCAACCUGCAUGGGAUAAAAUCUGGGAAAAUUUUGAGAAAAUAAUCGGAAACAAUACUUUUGAUAUGUCUCGAAAAUUUAGUGCUGUAUUGAACGAAAUGAGCUUAGCUGGGCGUUACGUUUAUUCCGUUAAUGACGUUAUAUUAUAUCUGCUGGAUUUUGCUAAUUCCCCAAAGGUUGGCGCCGUAUUGGAAUUUAGCAACGAUAUCGGAAUAGAAACAGACACUGCAAUACAGCUCACAGUAAACAGAUUAUUGACAGGGAGAAUAGGAAACAGAAAUCAACUCGGACCAGCGGGAAAAGGUUGGAUUCUGCCAUUGUGGGAUUCAAAAAUAAAAAAUGUCACUUCAUCCAAAAUGCUCUUAACAAUAGACAGAGAAGAUUUUGCCUUUUACAAGGAAGAUGACGAUGUUUUUAUCAAUGGAAAUUUAGGACAAAUUCGAAAAAAACGAUACAGGUUAUCUUUAAUGUUAUAA